ACUUAUAAAUACCGGGAGCAAGUCAAGCCAGUUAGUUAUAGCUCAGCUUCAGCACACACUGGUCGCGCAAUGCAUCUUUUUGGACUACUCGUGCCGCUCGUUUGCGGUCUCCUCUACGUCGCUGCCGAGGCCGAUCCCCAGCACACCUACGAUGGUCGCAAUGGGCCGCAUGUCUUUGGCACACCGGGCAAUCAGGUCUACAUACGAGGACAGAACGAUGGCGCAUACACGGUGCCCGGAGUGGGCGGUCAGUUCCAGCACUCAUCGUCGCCCAAGGAACACGUCUAUACGGAUGAACAGGGAAAUACCUAUGUGAACCGUAAAACAGCCGGAGGACGACCAGGCCAUGCAAUCAGCGGUCCUGGCCUGGUGGCUGUAAAUCCUUAUUCAGCUUACCCCGCAUCUGCCGGUCCUGCUCCACGAAGACCACGAAGCCCUCAAUUCCAUGUGGAGAGGCCUGGCCGCACGGUGGAUUACGACAACGGAGGAUUCGUAGUUCAAAGGUCCCGCCGCAGCCCCCAGUUCCAUGUGGAGCGACCUGGGCGCACUGUGGAUGUCGGUUCGGGAGGAUUUGCGGUUUCAAGGCAGAGCCGCAGCCCCCAGUUCCAUGUGGAGCGACCUGGUCGCACUGUGGAUGUCGGUUCGGGAGGAUUUGCGGUUUCAAGGCAGAGCCGCAGCCCCCAGUUCCAUGUAGAGCGACCUGGUCGCACUGUGGACUACAACAACGGAGAAUUUGUGGUGCAAAGGAGCAGUCGCAGCAUCAAUGAUGCCCGUGUGCAGGGUGACAAUUUUGUGGCUCGUGACGAUCAAGCUGGCGUGUGGAAUGAUAACGUUUCGGUGUGGAAGCGACCAGACGGACGAACAGUUACCGUGGACGGUAGUGGGAAAGUACAUGUCUCUGGCCAUGGACAUGAUCAAACUUGGUAAAAAGUGUACAAAGCGAGAUGUUAUUUAUCAGCCCCUAAAAUACAUUUGACGCGAUUUAUUACUUAACUAAAACAAACGUUUUAUAUAUAUUUGAGUUGUGUAAAGAGAUUUACAACUUUAAACUUGUAGUAAAUGUAAAUUAGAAAAAUAUAAAUCAACAAAAACUCUUUAAA